AUGGACUUGCCAAACAACAACCCUUCUCUCUAUAGCUUGCUGUCCGGGGAGUCUCAAGCCAGGGAAGAAUCCCUCAGCCCACGUGCCGAAGAUGUGCCAUGUCGGACUCCACCACCUGCAGAUCUAAGGCCAUCCUCACGGUCAUCCGCUUCUUCUUCUUCUUCAUCCAUAUCCUCCUCAACGUCUUCGCAAACCUCCCACACAAGCCCGAACCACCCUCACCAGCGCCCAUUGGCCUCGUACAAGUUCAUCAAGCGUGAGACAGAAGGUUACAUAUCCCCCUCGUCUCUCCUCUGGCCCUUGGUUCCUGGCACCCACUUCAUCGCCGGCGCCACCAAUACGAUAGCCUACUUUGACGCCUCGCGCAACGCCGAGGGGCCCAUCCUAACCAUCCCCACCAUCCCCUCGGCCCGCCACAUCGCCAAGGGCUCCGGCGUCGGCAUGAAGGGCACCGUCGCCGCCCUGGCCGUCCAGCCGACGACCCCCGACACCGAUGCGGGUCUGCUCGCCGCCGGCACCUGGACGAGCUGGGUCGGCAUAUACGACCUGGGCCGCGCGGGGGAGUGCGUUGCGACGUGGCCUCUCGCCGGCCCGAAACGCGGGCAAAGGGACCCGGAUGCCGGCGGCGGCGGUGGUGGUGUCGUACAGGCCGCCUGGUCCCCGUGCGGCCGCUACCUGGUCCUCAACGAGCGGCGAUCCACCGGCUUGGCGGUGUACGACGUGCGCGUCACGGGCCGUCUCCUUGCGCGGCUCGCGGGCCGCGGCGGUGAACACGUCAACCAGCGCCUGAGCUGUGACGUGUUCCCUUCGUCGGAAGCCGAGGGUCUGUUUGAGGUGUGGGCGGGUACGCCUGAUGGUCGUGUGCUGGUGUGGGAUCACGCCGGCGGCGAUGAGGGUGUCGUCGAGCCCACGUGGGAUUGGCAGGCUCACGGCGCUGGUUCUGCGGUUGGCGCUACCGCUCUGCAUCCGGGGGGAUCUGUGCUAGCCACAUGUGCUGGUUCCUAUUCUGUUCAAGGCGAGGAUGAAAGUGACAGCGAGAGCGAUUCGGAGCAUGACGGCAAGAAGCUGCCUAAGCUGCGAACUUCGGAAGAUAGGAGCCUGAAAAUAUGGUCUAUCAAAGCAUCCGAACAACAAUAA